UUAAGCAGGGAAGUCCAGAAAACAUGGUCACCUACAGCAAGAACCAUGGGGUUGUGCUUCAGCCUCCUUAUAAGGAUAAAGUAAAUAUCACCCAGCUGGAACUCAGAAACUCAACCAUUACCUUCUGGAAUACCACCCUGGAGGAUGAUGGAUGUUAUAAUUGUUUCUUCAAUACCUUUGGUUCUGGGAAGAUCUCAGGAAUCACCUGCCUCAGAAUCAUUGCCCACAGGAUUUCUUCACUAUAAACUUUUUGAAGAUCACCUAAAUGUUACUUGUUCUGCCAAUGCACGCCCAGCUCCUAUGAUUUUAUGGAAUGUUUCUGGAUCAGGCUUUGAGAACAGUACUGAAAUCAUCUACCAUCCCAAUGGAACUACAUCUGUCACUAGUGUUCUCCAUUUCAAAGACCCAAAGAGUCAGGUGGGGAAGCAGUUGAUCUGCUUGGUGAAGCACCUGGAGAAUGUGAAAGUCUUUAAGGAAACAGUGCACAAAGGUUUUUGGUUUUCAGUUCCACUAUUGUUGAGUAUUGUUUCCCUGAUAAUUCUUCUGGUCUUAAUCUCAAUCUUAUUAUAUUGGAAACGUCAUCGACACCAGGAUCGAGAGCCCUAGAGAAGAUGCACAGCUCCCUGAAGUUAUUCCCUGAUGUACUUGAAUCUGACUGCGAAGGAAACAGGUGGGGGACAAGGUGAUUCUCCAAGUUACCUAAAGAAUAAGUGAGGUGGGAGUAAAAGAAUUCCAAGACUUCCUACAGCCGUCUAAGCUAGUGUUGUAUGAGUCCAAGAAGUCAUUUUACCUCUCAGGUCUGUUGUAGGACUUGAUUUUAUAAAGUAAUUCAGAGUUAUACUAUGGAAAGGGCACUGGACAUAGAAUCAAGAAUCUUGGCUUCACCUGGUGGCACAACUAUGAUAGGCCCUUUGUCUCAGUGAGUUUCCAUGUUUGUGUUAAGAAAAGUAAGUUAUUGGGCCAGAGACUUUGGCGUUAUCUUCUCAAAACUGAUGUAAUUCCAGUAAAUAAGAAAUAAGCAAAGAGACAGAAAUUCAAAAGUGAAAGAAUAUGAAAACCAGUAUGAGAACCAAAGAAUUUUUCUGAAACUACACUACCUUUUGCCUUUCUGUUGUUACAUCUCUUUUUUUGUUGUUCUUAGGUCUGUGAGUCUGUGUAUGUAUCACUUUGUGUCUAAUCUGCUACCUGUUUACUGUUUUGUAAUAGCUAGUCUUCCCAGAACUCUUAGCUUGCCCACAAUUGUUCAUGUUUACCCGAGUAAGAGCAUGAACAUUGGACUUAAUUUAUUGCAGAAUGGCAUUGUAGAUUUUGCUUAUCUCUUUUACUAGGUGACUAGAUAUUGUUAAUCUUAGAUAGUAGAUUACCUUCUCAAAAAAAACAUGCAGCCCUCAUCUAUUUGACUUAUAAUGUGACCCCAGCCAUAUUUUCAACAUUCUGAAUUCAGUCUAGUUUAAUGAAAAUAUAUUAUGAAAACAAUCAUUUAGGGAGUUUCCUGAAUUAAAGUUAGCAAUUCAAAUGCUUUGUCUCUCCUGAAUUCAUUCUCCAUAAGUUAAUUUAGCAGAGGAGGCACAUUCCUUUAUUAUACAUUUUCCAUUAUUAUAAAUGCAUCAUUCUGACUAUUGGGUCAAAUUUGGAAUUCUUAAGACCAAAUUAGUGACUUUUUCCCAUACUUUUUGUUGUUCUUUUUUCUUGUCUUUGUCCAAUGACCUAGAAAAUAAAUUUUAAGUUGUUUUCACUAUUAGAUUGCAUAUUUAUAUAUUUAGUAAACUUUACAUGUUAUUUAAUUCUGUAUUAUUUCUUAUAAUUGUAUUAAAAGACUCAAUUAUUAAAAACAUCCAUCAACUCUGA